AUGGCUAAUAGAUUAUAUUAUCCUGAUGACAAUAAAACGAACGAUCAUCAUCUUGAAAUUGAUAUUGAUCAACCUCCACCACCAUAUGAAGUUACUUCAUCUUUACUUACACAACAAUCUUCUUCCAGCAAUGUUCCAGAACAAAAUAAAAAACAAAGAAAUAAUUGUUGUUGUACUUCUUUAUGGUCUUCGGUGACUGAUCCCUAUGGAUGGAUUUCUGUUCUUUACAUCUUGUUUAUCUCGUUCCCAAUUGGCGUUUUUGCAUUCUGUUGGAUUUUACCAACGUUUGUAGCUUCGAUAGUCUCGAUUCUUUUUCCGCCCAUCGGAUAUUUCUUUUGUAUUGGAGUUGCAUGGUCUUGGCGAGCACUCGCGCGUAUUGAAAUAUGCAUCGUGCAAGUGUGCGUUCGCGAAAAGAUCCCCAAACACGUUAUACCACCAAUCACCAAACCACUACGAGAUCCACAACAAUUGCCCACAGCAACCAGUUCAUGCCAAGAAUCAUGGAUAAAAUAUUUCACGGGGAUUUGUUUCGAUCGAUUUACUUGCAGUCAUACUCGCUUGUUUGGCGGGACCGCUGAUGCUUUUGUUUCUGCCAAUUUUGUUGAUUACGUGUCGAGCAAUGAGUAA